GCUAGCACGUGAGCAAAAAGAAAAACGUGCCAACGACUAGCAAAAAUCAGUUGAUCAGUUAUCUUCUUCCGCAGAGCAAAGUCUACUUUAUAUUGUACGAAGCUAUUACAUAAAUGUUGCGGCCAUAAGAACGUUUAUGUCAGAGGAGAAAUAGCAUAUAGAACUGGGCCGGCUUUCUUAAAUCUAUUCAUAGCCUACUGUUAAAAUGAAUCUCCAGCAGAAGAUUCGUAGUUGGGGCUGGAUUUAUCCCACUGCAAUCCUCUGUCUGUACGGGUUCUUUGCCAACUGUAGGCCAGCUGAACCUUUUUUGACUCCGUAUCUGGUGGGACCCAAGAACAUCUCAGAGGAAGUGGUAACCAACUACCUCUUCCCCAUCUGGACCUACUCCUACCUGGCCCUGCUCUUCCCAGUGUUCCUCCUGACGGACUUCCUGCGCUACAAGCCUCUGAUCAUGCUGCAGGGGGCCGCCCUGGUCUCCAACUAUUGCCUGCUGUGCUUCUCAGACAGCCUGGCGGCCAUGACAGCGCUGCAGGUCAACUACGCUGUGGUGACCUCCACGGAGGUGGCCUACUUCUCGUCGAUCUACUGCCUGGUCCCUCCUGAGCGCUACCAGCAGGCCACUGGCUACCUCCGUGCAGCCAUGCUCAUUGGGUACACUUUUGGUGCCACCCUCAGUCAGCUGCUGGUGUCCCUCGUGGGCACCAGUCUGUUCCACAUCAAUGCCAUUACGCUGGGCACGGUAAGCGUCUCUUUACUGGUGUCCCUGGCCAUACCCAUGCCCCGGCGAGGGAUGUUCUUUAAGGGGGCAGAGGCGGGGGAGGAAGCUGAGGAACAGGCGUCAGGAAGUGAAGUGGAGAAGGGAGGCUGCUGCCAGGGCAGCUUGGUGGCAGGAGUUGGGGUGGUCAGCCAGAUGUGGGCAGCCCUGAGGGAGGGCUACGGCUCAGGCCGAGUGGUCUGCUGGUCCCUGUGGUGGGCGUUAGCUACGUCAGGCUACACGCAGGUGUUCAACUACGUGCAGCUGAUGUGGGACCACGUGGAGCCGUCCAGCACAGCGGCCAUCUACAACGGUGGGGUGGAGGCCGUCUGCACUCUAGUAGGUGCGGCAGCAGCUUUCGGGGUGGGGCACGUACGCGUGUCGUGGAGCCGGUGGGGGGAGCUGUGUCUGGGCGUGUUCUCAGCGGUGGGGGCGGGAGCCGUGUUCCUGAUGGCGUUCUCCAGCAGCAUCUGGCUCUGCUACGCCGGCUAUGUGCUCUUCAAGGCGUCCUACAUGCUGCUCAUCACCAUCACUACUUUCCAGAUUGCUGCCAACCUGUCCAUGGAGUGCUAUGCUCUGACCUUUGGUAUCAACACCUUUGUCGCUCUCGUGCUGCAGACUGUCAUCACGGCGAUUAUUGUGGACGAGAGUGCUUUGGGAUUGGAUAUUGUGACACAGUUCAUUGUCUAUGGGAGCUACUAUACUGCCAUCUCCACAGUGUUCUUCAUCAGAGGACUGUACACCGCCUGCAGGCAUCACUGCAGACCCACACACCCCACACCACACAAAGAGGUCCUGUCCUCUCAGAGGCUGUGAUCCACAACAACAAACUGGCAAGGCAUCCCACCAGAAGCUGACAUCUUAGACACAGACCCACUGUCCACUGCCCACUGACUGAGAUCCAUAACAAAAGGAGUGUAUUUUGAGUAUGCAUUUAAGAUUUAUAUGUGCAUUUACAACAGACACCUAUACAAUAUGGUCUACUGAAGCACUGUGAAGUCAUAAUGGGAAUGAGCUAAUGGUGAAAACUUCCGUUUAUAAAUGUAACAGCUAUAAUGACUAAUCCUGUAUGAAUCAAACUGCAGGCCCGUUGGACAUGCAUGGGGGGGUGGGGUGCUUUGGGCAUGCCUCUGCAGCUAUUUAUUUUGACUAAUAUGCAGAGUAAGUUUAUAAAACCAGUUUACAAGUUUACUAAUAUGGGCAUCAGUAGUGAUUUAACUUUUUUUUUCUUUCUUUUUUUAACACAUUUUUGUCACAUUGCUGCUUACAUGUUCACAGACUGUGGUUUGAUGUUUUUGAGUUUAUGAGUAUAUGAGUUUAUCCUUAUUGUAGAAACUGUAUAAUAUGUUUACCGGUACUACACACCUGGGAUGCAAUCGGUUUUAACAACUGAUUCAUUUUAACAGUUAAUUAAUGUAUAAUUUUGCUUUGUUAUUUGUGAAACUGGGCCAAUCUGGUUAAGUAAUUAGCAAGAGGAUAAAUAGCAAUUUAGAUUUAGAUUUAGCUCAACCAUGCAUAUACUGUACUGUAGCCCUUAGAGAACAUGAUAUUGAUAUAGAAAGUCUUCUGCAUGGAAGUCACCAAAGCUCACGACUGUACCACCCAUGCUGUGGUCACAAUGGGGGGUAUCCUAUUAACCAUCCUGUUGUGUUACGGUUUGACCAAUUUACUUUUUUUUCUCUCAAAUCUUUUUAUAUUUAUAUUUAUUCUGACAAUCAUGAGGCUGCAUGACUUUGUUAACACAAGGCAUCUGAACACAAAACAAAUUUUGAGAAUUUCCAUAACAAUUUUGGGUGUUUUAUUUAACUUUAGAACACCCAUGUGUAUUCCCAGUCAAAAAUGACUGGCCAUUAGAAAUGAAUGGGUGAGAAAAUGGUCAGUGUAUAAGAGUCCAGGCACAUAGGCUACCUAUCAAUCGACUGUAUUGUGCGUUUCUGUAGGCCUACAUUCUCUCUCUCUCUAUCUCUCACACACACACACACACACCCUCACUCCCCCUCUUUGCUUAUGCCAGCCCCCACUGGAACCUUUCCCUAGUAUCUUCCCCUCUCUGACUUGCAUGAGCUCAGGUCAAUGAGGCCUGCAGGCCAUGAAUAGCAAAUGGAAGUUCAAAACUGGUCAGAUCCAAUAGAACUAAGGUCUAUCUAUCACAACAUUAGAUGAUAAUAUACUGUGUUGCUAUGGAUUUAUAACAAGUUAUAAUGCAAACCACAAAACUAGUAAACAUGAAAUGAACACAAAGGGAGGGUUAAUGAACUAACAUGGACCCUUCAUAAUAUUUCUAAUCUUCUCACCAUGAAAUUCCAUGACAGUCAGGGGGUAGUGGUAAAAUAAGAGGAGGGUAGGCUAAACUAGGAAUUCUGUGAUCACCAUAAGGUGGAAUGCGCCAUGCAUGCAGCAUUGGAUUUUUUAAAAAGGCAUUCAGAACAUGUUUGAUGAUGGUGAAAGUUAUUGUCCAAUGUUUUUAACAAUGCCAGUGGUAUUAAAUGGUUCCUAGAGUGUUGAUGUAGGCUACAUAUUGUGAAUGUGGAUAAUACAGUGUGUUUUGAAUGUUAAAAGUUGAAAUUGAUGAAUAGGCUAAACUCUUUUGAGUGGUGGAUACUCUAACUAGAUGUACCGCAUAGCGGUACAAAAUAUGACCGCCGCUCAGUCCUG